AUGUCUGUCAGCGCCCAAACUACCAAGAUAACUAUGGACUUGUUCAAGGAGUAUGUGGGAGAUACCAUCACUUCUCUCUCGCUCAACGAGCUUGAGGAUGUGACCGAGUACAUUCCGAAGACAGUCACAUUCGUGGACUGCUACGAGAGAAGGAACUUCGCCGAAAUUCUCAGGAUCCCUACGGAGUAUGAUACUGCCUUCCGCGCCUUUCUUUGGAUUCUUGUGCACAUGGAGAAGGACGAGAUCGAUGAUGAGCUGAGAGCUGGUGACGGCCUGCGGAAUCUUUUGGAGAAGAUUGCAGGUCUCGAAGAUUUAAUGCCCGAGGCAGCCUGGGCCACCCGGUUCUUGUUGUACAAGCACUUCAGCAACCCUGCCGCGAGGAAGAUUCUCAAGACACGAACCAAGGCUGUCGCAGCUACUCCUCAAGUAGGACCGGAGAAGCCGGAUACCCCCAGCACCGCUUCGAACAAUAUGACCUCUACUCUCCGCGAGGAAGUAGUUGGUCCGGAUGCACGUGCCCUGACAGAACCCUUGCGAGCAUACGUCGGCGAGAGAAUCUGCGGAGUGGAACCUCUGGAUGUCUCGAACGAGACACUGGUCAGGCUGGCAAACAUCGUGGCACCUCUCGGCACGAAGCUGCUGGGAGGGAAUCCGGUAGUUUUGGGGAAGGUGAAGGAUAGCGAGUGGGAUGCUCUGAAGCAGUUCUUUUGGACUCUGUGGCUUAUUGACGUGGUACACCCAACGGCAAAGGAGCAAUUCGAGCUGGGCUUCAUCCUGAGGGACUUCGCAUACGCGAGUCCAAACCUGCCAAAGGUCGUUAACGACGCUGCCAUCUCGUUGAUGGUGAGCCACGCUGGCCACGACGGGAGCCGACCCACGAAGCCAGAAGGCGCUACAAAGCCUUCUGCCGUGCCCUCGGCGGCCGCACAGCCGAAGACGUCCGUGACUCCGAACGAUGAGCUGGUCAAUGCCGGCAAUCAAGGUACCAUGAUUGGCCCGGGACCAAGUUCGGAGCUAGCCACACGGAGCAGGAAAGGCCGUGCGACCAAGAGGCAGACCAAGACUUUGGCGCUGAAGGUCGCACGGGGGCUGCCGCGGCCCAGUGCCAUCCUCGACGUUCCUCGUCUAGCGGCGGCUAGAAGGGACCUGAAGAGGAUGCACUUGAGAGCCAAGGCACAGAUGCGUGCGUCUUGGUCGGAAGCAGAGUCUGCAGCACGGGAAGAGUACAACCGGGUUGUUGACCAGAAAGAGCUAGCUGAGAGAAGCUUAGCUUCUGUUACAGCCGAAGCAACCGCGGUUUUCCGGUCGCUGCAGACCGAAGCUUCCGGCCAAAACGCCCGGAUCGGAGAGCUCCGGGGCCGGGUGGAGGAGUUGACCCAAGUGGUCGCAGGGGCCUCCAACCUGGAGAGCCAGAUCUCUGACCUCCGGCGACGGAACGAGGAGCUGGCCCAGGAGCUGCGCAAGGCCAACAAUAAGGUCGCCGCUCUCUCGGAGAGCCGCCAAGACCAGGCCUGCGCAGUGGAAUUGGAGCGGGAGGCGCAGAAGGAGCGGGACGACCUGGUGCGGAGGCAGGAGAUCUCCGAGAUCUACAGAUCGGUCACGGAGAGAAAGCUGCGCAAGGCGGCCGCGGAUACAGGCCUCACCGAGGGCUGGACGGAUCGAGCCGUCCUUCCUGACGUGAGAGACUACAUUCCGCGGUCUGCUGAGGCAAUCCUGCAACUUCGUCGCGAAGUUGCCGAGCUCCAGAAAGCUGGUCCGAUCCCAGAGGACAAGGCGGCGGAGGGAGAUGAAGCUGCGGACCGGGCUCUCAGCAGCCUUCAAGAGAGCACCGGCGCAAGCGACGCAGAUGAGACCGCCAGUGCUGUGGCGGACGAGGAAUGCGAGGAAUUCUUCGAUUGCGAAGAGUUGCUCCUUCCUGGUUCGUUCCCAGCCAUCGACAUUCCAGCACUGUCGGUGUCUCUGCCAUGGCCAUCUCGACCCUCAGCUUCCGAGGAUCGAUCUCCGUCCCAGCUCGCUCGCAGCUUGACAACCUGCUUGCGCAUUGUUGGUGCCGGAAUCGGUCCUUGGUGUUGCAGGGUCACCUCCGCCGUCUUCAACCGAGACAAUCUCCUCUGGGUCGGAGUACUCCUGGUCGCAAGCUCAAUCAUCCAAAUUCUUCAAGCCAUGGAUGGAAUUGAUGCGGACCCCCAGCCCCCCCUCACCGAGGAGUACCUGGCGCAGUUGGGCGACGAUGACUUCGUCGCCUCUCUGCUGUCGGGUAACAUCCGAGGUAACGUCCCGCUCUUGACGUUCGUGGGCUUGGUGCUGGUUGGGCUGUGCUUGGGUGUCAUCGCAUUUCGCGAUGCAUCUGCCAGACACGAAGCAUCGAGGGCUGAGGCCAAGGAGCUCAAGCGCCAGCAGGAAGAAGAGGCAGAACGCCUGAAGUCUCUGGAGCCAUUCGCUUUCCACCGCACUCUAGAAGGGAAGCGGAUGGCUGCAGAGACCGACGCGAUUCGUGAACUCAUCCGCCGCAGCUACGUGUAG